GAGGGGCCGGGCGGCGGGGAGCCGAGCAGGGAGGUGGGGAUUCUGGGAGCAGAGCUCAUUUCCUCCUCCCGGCCGCCCCUGGCCCGCACCCCAUCUCCACGUGCGGCGCCCGGGGCGCGCGGCCGAGCGGCGGAGGAUGCUGGGCAUGUACGUACCAGACAGGUUCGCCCUGAAGUCGUCCCGGGUCCAGGACGGGAUGGGGCUCUACACGGCCCGCCGCGUGCGCAAGGGUGAAAAAUUUGGACCCUUUGCUGGAGAGAAGCGAAUGCCUGAAGACUUGGAUGAAAAUAUGGACUACCGACUCAUGUGGGAGGUUCGUGGGAGCAAGGGAGAAGUUCUGUAUAUUUUGGAUGCUACCAACCCGAGACACUCCAACUGGCUUCGCUUUGUUCAUGAGGCACCGUCUCAGGAGCGGAAGAACCUGGCUGCCAUUCAAGAAGGAGAAAAUAUUUUCUACUUGGCAGUUGAUGAUAUAGAAACUGAUACAGAGCUUCUGAUUGGCUACCUGGACAGUGAUGUGGAGGCAGAGGAGGAGGAGCAACAAGCUCUCACCGUGACCAAAGAAGGCAAAGCUGACCAAUCUAAGGGACAGUCGGCCCCUGGAGGCAAAGGUCAAGAGGACUAUGCCUGCCCACAGUGUGAAUCGAGCUUUUCCAGUGAGGAAAUUCUUACUGAGCACCGCCAGACCUUGCACCAGAAACCUAUGGGGGAGAAAGAGUUCAAAUGCGAGAGCUGUGGGAAGAAGUUCCCCGUGAGGCAGGCCUUGCAGAGACAUUUUGAGCAGCACCAGAAGGCUUGCCGAGGGGAUGCCAGGUUUGUGUGCAAAGUCGACAGCUGUGGGAAGAGGCUGAAAAGCAAGGAUGCCCUGAAAAGGCACCAGGAAAAUGUCCACACUGGUGAUCCUAAGAGAAAGCUCAUAUGCUCGGUAUGCAAUAGAAGGUGCGCCUCAGUGUCAAGCCUGCAGGAGCACAGGAAGAUACAUGAGAUAUUCGAUUGUCAAGAAUGUAUGAAAAAGUUUAUUUCUGCUAAUCAGCUGAAACGUCACAUGAUCACCCAUUCAGAAAAGCGACCUUAUAACUGUGAGAUCUGUAACAAAUCAUUCAAGAGGCUUGAUCAAGUGGGCGCUCACAAAGUAAUCCACAGUGAAGAUAAGCCUUAUCAGUGCAAGCUUUGUGGAAAGGGAUUUGCUCACAGAAACGUUUACAAGAACCACAAGAAGACCCACUCUGAGGAGAGACCAUUUCAAUGUGACGAAUGUAAAGCCUUGUUCCGCACCCCAUUUUCUCUGCAAAGACACCUGUUAAUCCACAACAGUGAAAGGACUUUCAAAUGUCAUCAUUGUGAUGCAACAUUUAAAAGGAAGGACACAUUAAAUGUUCAUGUUCAAGUGGUCCAUGAAAGACACAAGAAGUACCGGUGUGAGCUGUGCAAUAAGGCCUUUGUUACGCCGUCAGUGCUUAGAAGUCAUAAGAAAACACACACAGGAGAAAAGGAGAAAGUCUGCCCAUAUUGUGGCCAGAAAUUCGCCAGCAGUGGGACCCUGAGAGUUCACAUCCGGAGCCACACAGGUGAGCGUCCCUAUCAAUGCCCUUACUGUGAAAAAGGAUUCAGUAAAAAUGAUGGACUGAAGAUGCACAUUCGGACACACACCAGGGAGAAGCCAUACCAAUGCUCAGAGUGCAGCAAGGCCUUCAGCCAGAAGAGGGGCCUCGAUGAGCACAAGAGGACGCACACAGGAGAAAAGCCCUUCCAGUGCGAUGUUUGUGACUUGGCUUUUAGCCUGAAGAAAAUGCUCAUCCGACACAAGAUGACUCACAAUCCCAACCGCCCGAUGGCAGAGUGCCAUUUUUGUCAUAAGAAGUUUACAAGGAAUGACUACCUCAAAGUACAUAUGGACAAUGUCCAUGGUGUAGCUGACAGCUGAUGGGAGCUGUCAAGGACCCAAACCAUGGGGAAGGGCUUCUAAUAUGAACCCCAGAUUCUUCUCACCUGAUCACUCAACAGAAAUGACCAAAAGCAAUGCAUUGAUCUCACAGUGCUCAUUUGCCUAUCUUUGAAAUUUAUAGAGGGACAUGAACACAGAAAUCUUACUUGUACCAAAAAGAAAUGCAAAUCAAAAAAAUAAUACUUUGUAGCUUACAAAAUGCUUUAGGUUAUGCUUGUGUUCUGGCUGAUUAAAAACUAAAUGCAAAGUUA